GACCACUUUCCCCAACAAUGGGAAAGGCGCCAGGCCCAGAACAGGGCCGAGACCGGAUGAGGCCAGCGAAGCGCCCAGGGACAAACUUUCAGGCAGCGCCCACUCUCGGUCUCCGGCAAUUGCAGGGUCCCUCCGAGAGCGAGCGUCUCCAGAAAACCCGGCCGGCGCCUGCCUACGCCCUGAGCCUGAAGAGCCCCCGGCGCCGCCCGCCCCGCACUGGGCUCGCCCCUCCGGGAUUGGUGCCCUGCUAGGGGUGGUUGCCUGUGACGUCACCGGACGCGCCCGCUUCUCGCUGGAGUGCGCACCGAGCGGCAGUGGCUUCGCCGCUGCUGUAGUUCCCCGGCUGGCUGCGGUCGCUGGUGCCAGUGCUCAGGCGCCCGCUGCCCUUGACCUCCCGCCCCGCGAGCCCUAACUCAGCGCAGGAGGACCGGCUGCCGCCGCCGCCGCCGCCAGGCUCUGAUGCUGGUGUCUGGUAGAAGAAGAUUACUCACAGCUCUGCUGCAGGCUCAGAAGUGGCCCUUUCAACCCUCCAGAGACAUGAGACUAGUGCAGUUCCGGGCACCCCACCUGGUGGGGCCUCACUUGGGCCUGGAGACAGGGAAUGGUAGAGGCGUUAUCAACCUCAAUGCCUUUGACCCCACACUCCCGAAGACGAUGACGCAGUUCCUAGAGCAGGGAGAGGCCACCCUCUCAGUGGCAAGAAGAGCCUUGGCUGCCCAGUUGCCAGUCCUACCACGGUCGGAGGUAACCUUCCUGGCUCCAGUCACACGGCCAGAUAAGGUGGUGUGUGUGGGCAUGAAUUAUGUGGACCACUGCAAAGAACAGAACGUGCCCGUGCCCAAGGAGCCCAUCAUCUUCAGCAAGUUUGCCAGCUCCAUCGUGGGGCCCUAUGAUGAGGUGGUCCUCCCACCACAGAGCCAGGAGGUAGAUUGGGAAGUGGAGCUGGCCGUGGUCAUUGGAAAGAAAGGCAAGCACAUCAAGGCCACAGAUGCCAUGGCGCACGUGGCCGGCUUCACUGUGGCUCAUGAUGUGAGUGCUCGUGACUGGCUAACAAGACGCAAUGGGAAACAGUGGCUGCUGGGAAAAACCUUCGACACCUUCUGCCCUCUGGGCCCUGCCUUGGUGACCAAGGACAGUGUAGCAGAUCCACACAACUUAAAGAUCUGCUGCCGAGUGAAUGGGGAAGUGGUCCAGAGCAGCAACACCAACCAGAUGGUAUUCAAGACAGACGACCUGAUAGCCUGGGUCUCCCAGUUUGUUACCUUUUACCCAGGGGAUGUCAUCCUAACUGGGACCCCCCCAGGUGUCGGUGUAUUCAGGAAACCUCCUGUCUUUCUCAAGAAGGGGGAUGAAGUCCAGUGUGAGAUUGAAGAACUAGGUGUCAUCAUCAACAAGGUGGUGUGAUGGCUCCUGCACAGGCCCGACAUAGGAUGAGGGCAUCUGCUCCCACUCAGCCUAGCCCAGGGAAAGGCCCAGUGACAGGUGUGGACAGGUGCCAGCCCUGCAAGCCGCCUCUUCUCGGUAGAAGGGAGAAGGACAGAGCUCUCUUCAAUAAAUUCGUCGGGUCAAAGCAGCA